AGACUCAAGCGAUUAGCGGGGCAACAGUCCCGGCAAAUGCCAGAACCUCUGGAAUUGAAGGCGACCCGGUUAAUAUACAAUAGGGAGGAGACCGGGGAAGGAGGAGGGUUUCGCAAACGACAAGGACAACGAGCAAUAAGGAAAGAAAGACAGAAGUUACAGCGAGCAAGGAAACAACCGAAAAAAGGAAACCUAGAAAAACCUAAACGAAGGAAUGUCUUCGUCAAAAAACAGCAUACAGGACAAAAGAAAAGACUAAGAAAGAACACGCCUUCAGCAGAGGAAAGGUAUAAGAGGGCCAGAGCCCUGUAGGGAUGAGAUUGCCCGGAAGAAUCGACCCAGGAAUGCAGCGGCAAAAACCUGAAUCGGCAUGACUGUAACCUCGGAAGGCACAGUAUGCGUAAGGCCGAC